CCUCUCCCCAGUUCCCACACGCAUUCCUGCUCCUCCAAUUCGCACACCCGCUCCUGCAUACCAACACAAAUGCCUGCGCUCGUCGACAGAAUUCGGGCCCUUUUGCGCGGUAAGGGCCAGGACAAGACAAUAAUAUCCGUACAUCGCGACCGUAUAGUGGUAGUCCUCAGCAUAUUAUCUGUGUUUCUGUUGGGCCUGCCGCUGUGGUGGACGACAACACGCGUAUACCGCGCCGACCUUCCCUCUACCGAAAUUGCACAAUACACACAAGCCGAUGCACUGGAAAUCCCUUUCACCUUUUACGUCGAUUCGCCUGACAUUUCGCUCAAUGAAGUGCAGAAGCUGGUUGACACAAAACUCGCAAAGAGCAGAUUGCCAUACAAGCCCGGCGAAUGGCGCGUCGCAUUUACCGCCCAGGUGCAACGUGGACUGGCGCCUGAUCUACCCGGCCAUUACACUGUCGAGACACAGGAGGAAGUCAGUGCAACAGUGGGGACUGCCCGGUCGGCACAGAUUCCGCUGCCAAGCACGGCAGACACCAGUGAGACUGUUGCCAAAUGGAUCGCACGCAUCGUGGCAAAAGAAGAGCGCGAGGUACGCAGACCUGAGGGCCGUGCACUAAAGUACUCGCCAGAGUACGCUGUCACAUUCACGCUGAUCAACGAGGAUCCAACCGGCGGACUAUCAGUGGACUGGGAGAUCGAGCAGGCGCUGUCCACCUACCUGCAGCCACUCAUUGAUAUUGUCAGACCGCUGACCAAGCUCUCAGUAUCCUCACAGGUCUUGCACCACGCCGGCCCACUGCCAGUCACCCCCCAGCGUGCCGCCAACUACACGUAUCUGACCUCAGAUGCCCUGCCACACUUUAUCAACUCUGCCAGCUGGAACCUAGCAUCAACCGACCCGGUUUCACCGAUGCUCAACUUUAUUCUGUUUGUGCCGAAACGUGACCUGCAACCCAUGCACAUUCUUGACGACCACCACACACAGUCAAAGACCAACGCAUUCUUGAUCCCGCAAUGGGGCGGCAUUGCUGUGGCCAAUUUCCCCAAGACCGCAAGUGGCCAGAUAGUGGUCUCACAAAGAGACCUGCGGCCGUACAUGGGCGUCUUUGUUGCCCAACUGCGCGAACUCUUGGGAAUCCGCAGCGACACGCCCCUGCCGUCUGUCAAGGGCCGUGUGAACGUACAGCGAGCCACCGCAACGGGCAUCAGCGGGUGGGAAUAUGAUGCGCUGGCAAGACGCUGGCUUGCAAACAACCGCCAGACAGCCGUCACCACCCUGAAGUCGCUCAUCACCUUAGUCGAGUCUAUGCAGAAUAUGGUCGUCAUGGAUAGCAUUAAAGGGCAAGUCGAUGCUUCGCUUGCAGCACUAGCUAAAAUCACUCGCGCACACGUUGCCCAUGACCAUGCCCGCGCAUGUCAAGAUGCUAUCGUGGCGGCAACAAAGGCAGAGGGUGCGUUCUUUGACCCGUCCAUGGUUUCAAUGCUGUACUUCCCCGAUCAGCACAAGUACGCCAUUUACCUACCGUUCUUUUUGCCUGUAGCCAUCCCGCUCUUCCACGCCAUCAAGCAUGUCAUCAAAGAUAUGAAAGCCAGGCGUAAGAGUAAAACGGAAUAAACCUUUGCUCUAAGACCAGCAGCUGUAGACUACAAUUGCCUCUUUACUUUAUGAGGACCA